AUGUCUUUCGAUGACCCCCAGAGCGGCAUCCCCAAUGUCCGACCCAUCACGAUCUUCACAUCAUACAUGCUCCUCUGUCUCUCCCUCACAAUUCUCAUACUCCGUACUUUAUACCUCAGAUUCCCUAUCCAAUCCUCGUCCUCAUCGUCGUCGAAGCAGCAAACUCACCGUUCCUCGCCCAUCCGCUCCUUCAAACAUGUGCAACUUUUUGCCACUCUCGCAAUCCUUAGUCUAGGAACAACAUGGUACUACAUGCUAUGCUUCUUCUCUUUGUCCUACCGUGAGUGGGCAUCUACGCACGACGUUACACUCGGAGGCGACCCGGAGCUCGGCCUCUGGCUAAAAGACACUCAACUAUUUAAAGAGGCAUGGGGAACCGCCGUCGCUACGCCAGCUCGAUUCUGGUGGACGCAGCAGAUUUUCUUCUUCACGGCGGUAUGGAGCGUGUUCUUGGGUCAGGAAGGACACCGCCGAAGCAUCCCGCACCUAUGGGCAUUCAUGCUACUAGGCCAGGUAGCUGCAGUAUCCUUCGCUUCGAACCUGUUCUUCCUGGCCGUUUCGCUCGGUCCGAUACGACAAGCACAGGUGCCUGAAUCAGCCGCCGCAAAACCCUUGACAUGGACACCACCUCUAAUCCUCCACGCCCUUUCCCUCGGCAUCACCCUCAUCAGCGUAGCCUCAAUCCCAUACUUCUCCAACUCGUCUCAUUUCCUUGCCAUCCUGUCUACCCCGCACCUUCUCCUUUUUGUACCUCCCCUGCUCCACCGUGCCGUGCCUCGAAGUUGGGGUGUGAACUGUACAUCGUCAUCAGCAGCCGAUUGGUAUUACGCAAAUACCUACCGCAUUAUCCUUCUUUGUGCUCUGUUUCUGCAGGCGAAAGUGACGAUGGAGGCGCUCGGGCAAGCUCGAGGUAGCUGGGGGAUCUUUGAGGCGCUGUAUGAGCAUCCGGCUGUCAGUAGUGUUGGCUGGGAUGUUAUCAUGUGUUGGGUGAGUUGGUGCAUGUGGGCAUUGACUGGGGGGUGGGAGAUUGGUGAAUCCAAGGCGGAGAGGGGUAUUUUACUCAAGGGAGAUUGA